AUGGCAGAUCCAAAAACUGAUGACCAAUUACAUUUCACUGAUAUCAAAAAAUAUUUCAACUCUUAUACUCUCACAGGUAGAAUGAAUUCCGUACUGGCCACAUAUGGAGGCAUUGCUUUGAUGGUCUUAUACUUCAAGUUAAGGUAUAAAACAACACCAGCUUUGAAAGCAACAUAAAUGGAUUUUAAACUGUACCUCAUCUGUUAAAUUCCCAAGCCCAGAGAAGCUAAUGUCAAUUCAUCAUCUGGUAUUCAAUUUGUACAAUACAUUAUGAACCUGGAAAAAA